AUGGCGUCCUCUUCUGGAGUCCAACGCUCGAUGGACGACUUUCUCAUUAACCCAACUGCGGUCAAUAUUAUGGACCAAUAUGGUGAUGAGGCUUCGACGGCGGUUGCGGUGACGCCGCCGAGGGAGCUUUAUGCUUUUGAGAAUGGCUCGAAAGAAGAUGAGACGAAGGUGGAUUUCAAGAGGUUCAGAGAUGAGCCUGUCUAUUCGCGCGGCUACACUUCUGAGGAAGAAUUGGCCUCACCAGUCGAAAACGACGACUUCAGUCUUGGAUCGUUCGACAGCGACGUCGAGUCGAUCAUAUCGGACGAUGGCUCGUUGCAUAUCCAGACCGCUGGUCAACAGCUAUGCAGUCGAGCACAGGCUGUGCACGUAGUGUCGGCGGGCAAGGCAAAGGUCGUCAGCAUGCCGAAGAUGAUCGAUAGUCCGAGAACGCCAUACUCGAUGGCCUCACCAACCACAUCGAUCCGACCGCCAACAACGCCAAAUACUACUCCUACGCCUGCCGAGGAAGUUGCUGCCAGCCCAAGCUCACCAUCGCGAUCAUCAGAGGAAGAAUGGCCGAUCUCACCAACACCAUUCAUUCGAGCAGGUCGACCAGAACAGGCACGCACGAUCCGACGACGGCCAAACCUGUCACCACUUCAAAUGGUCGGUCGUUCCGAAUCACCCCAGGAACUGAACCGUGUGCCAAAAUGCCAGGCCUCAACAAGGACCGUCAACUUCAUUGAAGAUGGGCCACGGACAGCACUACCAGCACUGGCACCGGCACCGGCACCGGCACCACAUGCACCUGGUCUGUCACAUACGCCCUCCAAGCGCAGAGUGUACAAGCUACCAUCCGCCUUCAGCCUCCGAGCCCUGGGCAAGACACUCAAACGCUACAGUGUCGAAUCAGACGGCAACGGAAGCCAAUCGUCCUUUUCGCCUCCCCAAUCAACCCGCAGGUUGCAGAAGGACCCGCCCAUCUCAACCUGCACCCCGAGCAAACCCCUCCCGAAAAUGAUUCCGCGCGGUGCCAACGAGCGCGCUCCACCAAUCGUCCUGCCAACCUGUCCUUACGACGCUGCGGACGGGGACGCCAGUGACGAGGAACUGCAGCAACAGGCCCGGGGCAGGAACGUCUCGACGGCUCCGCAGUCGCCUGAGGUGGGCAAAGAGCUGGGCGUGGCGCGGCGGAAGAGUCUUCCGGCUUAUGUGUCGGCGCAGGUGAUUCACGACUUCGUUGGGGAUGACGGGGUAUGGUAUGGGUUAUGGUAUAUGGUGGAUCUCAGAGGAGAACUGGCUGAUGAGGAGUGGCUUACGAGUGCUACGAUCGCUUUUAAAGCACACAGAUACGAUGAAUAUGAAUUAUAUGAAUGA